AUGUCUCUCUGGGGCGAUGGCGAAGUGCGCUUUGUCCUCGUAUCCGAUCUGGAUCACACAAUGGUCGACCACGACGAUCCCCAAGAUGAGUCUCUUCGUUCGUUCAACACACUCUGGUCCUCGAGCUUUGCGAAAGAUUCUCUGUUGAUUUUCUCCACUGGAAGAUCCCCCGCCCUUUUCGAGGAGCUCAAGGGUGCCCACCCACUGCUUGUCCCAAAUUUGCUGGUGUGUUCCGUUGGAACCGAGAUAUUUCAUUUUCAUGAAGGCCAAUCCAAAGAAGAUGAGAGGUGGGCAAGGAUUCUGGACGAAGGCUGGGAUAGGUCUGCUGCCCUGGAAGUGGCCCUGCAGUUUGGCUCUGCACUAGCCCCACAAGUUGAUAGCGAACAACGCCCACACAAGAUCAGCUUCCAUGUGAACGUUGAAAGUCGUGAAGAGCAAGCUGAGCUUGUGGAAAAGCUGGGCUUGGGACUUACCGAGGUUGGCUUGAAAGCCAAGAUUAUUUUCAGCGGUGGAAAGGAUCUUGACAUCAUUCCCAUAGCAGCUGGCAAGGGCAAGGCCUUGGAGUUCAUUCUUGGGCAGCUCCGUGAGGAAGGUCGUUAUCCGAAAGAUGGUGUGCAAGUGAAUGGAGAUUCUGGCAACGACAUUGAAAUGUUUGAGGUGGAUGGUGUGAGGUCGUGUGUGGUUUCGAAUGCACACACCGAAGUUAGGGAAUGGUGCGAUGCUCACAAAACUCCAAGCAUUUUCCAGGCAACUAAACGCUGUGCUGCAGGCAUAAUGGAGGCGCUGGAGUAUUUUGGAUCAGAGGCUCAAGAUCACUGA